AUGUGGCACUCACCUGUGCGCCCUCGCAGGGCCGUCGCCAUGUCGGUGUCGCACAGCUCCAGGCUGAACAAGCUGGUGCGGGAGCAGUACAUGAGGCUGCCCCAGGAUGGGAGGGUUCAGGUCACCUACGUCUGGAUCGACGGCAGCGGCGAGGGUGUGCGCUGCAAGAGCAGGACCCUCGAAAAGGAGCCCAAGAGCAUCGAAGAUGUCCCCGAGUGGAAUUUCGAUGGCUCCAGCACGGCACAGGCAGAGGGCUCCAACAGUGACAUGUUCCUGGUGCCGGUCUGCAUGUUCAGGGACCCUUUCUGCCUGGACCCCAACAAGCUGGUGCUCUGCGAAGUGCUGAAGUACAACAGGAAACCCGCAGAGACCAACCUGAGACACACGUGCAAGAAAGUCAUGGACCUGGUGAAGGACAGCCACCCCUGGUUCGGGAUGGAGCAGGAGUACACCUUGCUGGGCAUCAAUGGCCACCCCUACGGCUGGCCCGACAACGGCUUCCCUGGCCCGCAGGGCCCCUAUUACUGCGGGGUUGGAGCAGAUAAGGUGUACGGGCGUGAUAUCGUGGAGUCCCACUACAAGGCUUGUCUCUAUGCGGGGGUGAAGAUCUGUGGCACCAAUGCCGAGGUGAUGCCCUCCCAGUGGGAAUUCCAGGUGGGCCCGUGUGAAGGCAUUGAGAUGGGGGAUCACCUCUGGAUGGCUCGCUUCAUCCUGCACCGUGUCUGCGAGGACUUUGGGGUUGUGGCCACUCUGGACCCCAAACCGAUGACCGGCAACUGGAACGGCGCUGGGUGUCACACCAACUACAGCACCGAGGAGAUGCGCAGAGAGGGGGGUCUCAAGCACAUCGAAGCUGCCAUCGAGAAGCUGAGCAAGCGGCACGAUUACCACAUCUGCGUGUACGACCCGCGGGGUGGCAGGGACAACUCCCGGCGCCUCACCGGCCACCACGAGACCUCCAACAUCUUCGAGUUCUCCGCCGGCGUGGCCAACCGAGGCGCCAGCAUCCGCAUCCCGCGCCAGGUCGGCCAGGACGGCUGCGGCUACUUCGAGGACCGGCGGCCGGCGGCCAACUGUGACCCCUACGCCGUCACCGAGGCCAUCACGAGGACGACGGUGCUCAACGAGACCGGGGUGGAGACCAAGGACUACGCUGGCCACUGAGGCACCAGGGUGGGUGGAGGUUCUCGUGCCUACAGUGCCUUCUCACCUGUGCGUUGUCUCCAGCUGCAAGCUCAGACUCUUUAGGAACCUCGCUUCUGGUCUUGUGAAACUUCGCCUUAGAAAUAUGUAUUUUAUAGCAAGAGGGAGGGGCCCAACCCAUUUUCUCAACCACUUUGUUUUUUCUGGUUCCUGGUUUUAGGUCAUGAGGUUUUUAAAAAAAAAAAAAACAACUUGGAUUGAAUUUUUUUUCCCCAAUGGACUUUACACUCUGAUGUACAGAGAUUCCAAUGUGGAUGCUGCAGCUGCUGUUGUUUGCACCUAUGGAGGGUGGGUGCUUUUUUUUUCCAUAUCUCUGUUACAAGGAAAUGAUAAUAAAUAAUUUUCCUGGCUGCAUGGCAGCUGGGUUAUGCUGUGGCGAGUGCA